AUGGAAAUUACCCUCAAAACUUGGAUUUUCUCGUGUCUGUUGAUACAAACUCUAGCCCUAUGGCAAUGUAGAUACUACCCCGACGAAUUACUCAUCGAGAAUCCUAAUACGGGAGAAUGGACCCACCAAAUACCCCAAAUUCACCGGACUGACUACAAAAAAGUGAACAGCAGCCCACCGGAUAACGUGUUAAAGGUGUUAGAGAAAUUGGGAUUAACUCAGAUACUAGAAUACAUGAAACAGACGGGAUUAGACGAAGGACUGAGCGGCGAAGGUCCCUUUACCGUAUUUGCACCCACUAAUCACUCCUUCGACGUUCUAAACAAGGAGAUAAAGGAUAACUUAACCGGCGAUAACCAGUUCUUGAGAAGAGUUUUGCAGUAUCACGUAAUACCAGAAAGGAAGAUGUCGUGGCACCUGAAAACCGGAGCCUGUUUACAGACGUUAAUCGAGAACACUUCGGUAGCCAUCACUUACACGUGGCAUAACGUAAGUAUAAUUAACUCCACAUUCAUAAAAUUAGUGAUUUUUAAUACGAUUCCCCCUCUUCAGAGAGUCCGAGUAAACGACGCACCGAUACUGUUACUAGACGUGGAAGGUAAAAACGGGGUGGUCCACGUUAUCGAAGACGUCCUCAUUCCUCCGGAUAAGACCGGUUGCCCGUAUAAAGAAUACCAGCAACCUCACCCGCAAUAUAUAGAACGAGGAUACGAGCACCCCCCUUGGAACAGAGCGUACGGUCCCGUGGCCCAAGAACUACCUAAUUACUAUCCGGGAUAUCCGGAAUUUGGGAAUUAUCAACACGGAUAAACGAUCACACAUUACGUCAUUUU